GUUUUAAUUGAUAGUGCUGCUACGGGCGCUGUCGUCGUAUCUCGCUAGAGCUUUACCGGUUUUUUCAGCUUAUACUUCGGAAUUUGUACAGACACACUUCAUACUGUUUUCAUUUUUGAAUAUUUUGAUACAAUGGAGUUCUAAAUAUGCUUCCUAAGUACUCAAGCCAAUCUGCAAUAAUCUUCAAGAGAGAAACCCUUUCCACCGAUGGAAAAGUCACUAGUGCGCUUUCCUAUGAACGCUCAGCGCCCCAGCAACUCCGAAAGAAGAGAUGGCAAAAUGUGCAUCAGCCAGCCGGUAUCUUCAUCAAGCCGGAAGUCCUGCCCAAGCAGAUCUCAGGUCAGAAACAGGCAUUCCAAGCAAAGUUCCAAACGGCAUGUAGAUUUGGUGACUGAUUACAAGACAAGACCAGACCGUAUGAACUUUAGAUGUUCAGAAAGUGAAAAGUCACUCGAAAUUCAAGUAGAUGGCUAUGUGCAAGUCUCAAGCCAGUUUGUUCUAAUUCCGGGUUCCACAUACUUCAAAACUAAUAACGACGGGAGUCCUCCACAAUGGGAGGAAGUCUCGUUCGUGAAAGUUCUGAACAAAGGCGAUUUAGUGUGCCCUAUAUGUCUAUAUCCUCCCGUCACGCCACGAAUGGGAAAAUGUGGACAUAUCUACUGUUGGCCCUGUGCAUUACAAUAUAUAAAAUACGAAAAUGAAUCCGACAUCAAGAAGUGUUCUGUCUGUCCGUCCCUGUUGGCGCUUAAUGAGUUGAAGAGGGUAUCCUUAACCUGUAUUACCCCAACGAAGGUCGGUGACGAGAUACGUUUGGAACUAGUUAAGCGUUCAGGACCUUGUGUAACUCCUCUUUUAUCUCAAACUUGUGAAUCUACAUCUGGGCCACUUUUCGAGUGUGUAUGCGUCGCUGAUCCAAUAACAAUAAAGAACAUUCACGAGUCUGAGAUUGAUGAACUUCGUACGUAUAGAACUAUUUGUGAAGUAGAUGAAAACAACAUGGAGCUGAUUCCGUUCAUUGACUUUGUAUUUGAAGAGCUGAGUCAGGAAGAAUUGCUUCAAAAACCUUGCAGUAACAGUUCAGCUAAGCCUUGUGAAUCUUGCAGUCAAGAUAUUAAUGAAGUUUCUACAAAUAAAACCUACUUUUACCAAGCUGCAAAUAGUCAACCUAUUUUCUUGGAUAGCCUAGGUUGGCGAUGUCUGCUAACCGAGUACACAGAGGUGCAAAACCUUCCGAAAGAGAUUGUCGCAACUGUCGUAUCAACCAGAAGUUUUCGGAUGAAUCCAUCUUUACGAAAACCACUGAGAUACCUGAACCAUUUACCUGACGGAUACGCUUUCAAUUUAGUGGAAAUAAAGCUAGAACCACCGUUGGUAUCUGAGCUAACACUAUCUCAUUUUGCAACAGCUUUGAAUAACCGUGCAUUGGAACGAGAUCGAAGUCGUCUUGAGGAUCUGAAACUCACUGAGCUGAAAGAGGCAGCUGAAAACCAAUUUAUGUCAUUGCCUCCGGGCUUUGUUCUCAGUGGUCAUGCAACCUUAUCACAUAAACAAGAAGCACAACUUGAUCCGUCAAAUUUUGUCCCACUGUCAUCUGCAACGCAAAAUACCAAAUGGAAAAACACUCUACCAAUUAGUUUUGCUGAAGUUUCUCGCUCUGGUGCACUCAAUGUUGUUGGUCCAGAUCGUGUCGCUCAUUUCUCCCGAAGUCCUCCGAAUCCAACAGAUCCUAAGGGCUUCGAUAUUAAUUCUGAAUAUUGGCCUACUCUGGGUCAGGCUUCGAAAAGCUGAAGAAAUUAUUCAACGGACGUAAUUGGUCAGUUUCUAACUUACUCGAGUUCCAAGUAAACUAUAUAUUAUAUCUUACAAAACGGACAAGAUUUUUUGCUGUGGCUUGGCAAGCCUAUUGUAACGCUUAAAAGGUUUUCAGAUGAGGUAUUUAUGACUGUAACUUAAGAAAUACAUGGAUAUGCUUACAGA